ACGUACUCCGGUAAUCCCUUCCCCGUCUACAGCGGCCAACCCGAAGAACGGCUCUGCAACUCCUACCCCGUCGGCCGCCGCCUGCAUCCAACUCCGGCGGCCGCACCGCCGCAUACGACCAACCCAGGCGAUUCCCCGCCGCCUUUCUCCCUCUACCCCCGCCUGCGGUAGCCCUUCUCCUGAUGGGGGCAUCCGAAUCGCUCCUCUCCAGGCAGCAGCCGCGCCCGCAGUGGGCGGACGAGAUCACGACGGUGUCCGAGGGCCGGCGCGACGAUGCCGACGCCGACCCCCUCGUCCGCCGCAUCCGAUCCCUCACCAUAGCUCCACCGCUGUUGAGCUCUCAGUCUGAAUCGGAGGCAGAGAGCAGCCUCACCGACAUCCUCGUCCGGAAGCCCUCUACCUCUUCUGCUGCCUCCGGAAAUCUGAACCCGAAUGUCCUGGCUGAGCUUUUCUCAAUGUACCGUGAAUGGCAAGAAGAGAAUGCCAAAAAUAUUAGCCAAAAGCAGGAGGAAAUAGAAAACAAGAUAGAAACAGCUGAUGCAUUGGCUGUUAAGCUUCUCCAGCGGUUCAAUUAUUCACUAACUUCCAUGAGAUCCACCUCUCACAACCUUGCAGAAGUUCAUCCACUGCAGAUCGAAGUUGGUGAGUUCAAGGGCAGGUUGACUGAAGUCAUAAGCAACUGCGAUGCCUUGUGCAAGAGAAUCGCUGCGGAAGGACCAGAAAGCCUGCGAUCAUCAGCUCAACCUUUCACGGCUGGUAGAGCGGAGUCAGGAGGUAGUAGUUCACUUGACACAAAACAAGAGUCCUGAAUCAAAAAAUCUAACCGCUGACAGCGUCAAUGGCGUGCGAAGAAACUUUUAGUACAGUGCUAGGUGGGUCUUGGGGAAAUACACUGGAGGCUUGUCCAUGUAUACAUACUUCGCUAGACAGGUCAGAUUCCUGAAUUAGUCCAGAGUCUCUUGCUAUAUUGCUCGUCAUAGCCAUGUCUGUGCAUUGGACCGCAGGUGUUUGCGACCAAUUUCUGCAUCUGAAAAGCAUGGGUGGUUUUUUACAUCCUAUGCUUAUGUGUACAUGGAUCUCUGUUCCUUAUUAAGUUUACUCGAGAUUAAUGGCUUCAGAGGAACUCCUUGCUGAAUGGAGAAAACAAAAA